UAUACAAAUUAUAAAGGGGUAUAAUUAUAAAUUAUGAUUUAAUAAUCAUCACUUCAUAUCCUUCCAUUUCCCUUUCGAUAAACCACCACAUCUUCUUCUGAAACCCUAGCCACGACCAAUCGCCGCCCGCCUCUUCCACAUACUUCUCCUUUGAUUAUCAGAAUUGAUGAAACCGGAUCGGGUCUACCUCUAGAUCCGUUCCACGUUUCGGAUCUCCACCGUCUAAGUCAAAUCCAGAUGCUCCCGAGAUUCGUAGCACAUAGACAUGUCUCUGUUUCUAAAAGACGAUUCGAUUCAAAUCCGCGAAGUAUGGAACGAUAACCUCCACGAGGAGAUGGAUCUGAUCCGACAAGUCGUCGACGACUUCCCCUACGUCGCCAUGGACACCGAGUUUCCCGGAAUCGUCGUGCGACCCGUCGGAACAUUCAAAUCCAACGCCGAUUACCACUACGAAACCUUAAAGCUCAACGUCAACAUCCUCAGCAUAAUCCAGCUCGGUCUCACCUUCUCCAACGAGCAAGGUAACCUCCCUACCUGUGGAACCGACAAGUACUGCAUCUGGCAGUUCAACUUCCGAGAGUUCGAUCUCGAUUCCGACAUCUUCGCCGUGGAUUCAAUCGACCUUCUUAAGCAAUCAGGCAUCGACUUCGCUAAAAACACACAAGAAGGGAUCGAGUCCAACAGAUUCGCGGAGCUCUUGAUGUCUUCGGGGAUCGUGUUGAACGAGAACGUGCAUUGGGUUACGUUUCACAGUGGAUACGAUUUUGGAUACUUGCUGAAGCUUCUUACAUGCCAAGACCUUCCCGAUUCGCAGACGGGCUUCUUCCAGCUGAUCAAUGUUUAUUUUCCCAUGGUGUAUGAUAUUAAGCAUUUGAUGAAGUUCUGUAACAGCCUUCACGGUGGUCUGAACAAGCUGGCGGAGUUGCUGGAGGUGGAGAGAGUUGGGAUCUGUCACCAGGCUGGGUCCGACAGUUUGCUGACCUCUUGUACUUUCAGAAAGCUUAAGGAGAACUUCUUUGCUGGUCCGUUGCAGAAAUAUGCUGGUGUUUUGUAUGGAUUAGGUGUUGAAAAUGCUCAGGUUGCUCUCUAAUAAAAAUUCCUUAAAAUUGUCUGGUUGGUUUUGUUACUGGUAUGAAAUUCAUGAUCACUGAAUCGUAUUUGAUCCAGACUUUGAAUUUUGAAAAUUAGGAUCGUAAGUGAAAAGGAAGAACACUCACUGCUAUCUGAAAUUGAAAUCUUGGGUCUGAAUUAAAAUGUAAGAAGAAUCUGAAUUGGACAUGUUCUUGGUUCUGUAUGAUGGAUUAUGAUUUUUAUGAGGCCCAUUUGUUACAUAAUAUUCAACCUCAAUUAGUUGUAACUUGUAACCAACCAGUGACAAUGAUUAGGAUUCUGUAAUGAGCCACGUUUCUUUGUCUGUUAUUAAGUUAUUUCCCACGUGCGACUUUGACUUCUGUAUUGAGGGAACCCACUCGGAAAUCCUGUGUUUAGUGACAUUCAACAAUCUUUGGAAGGGACACGGUUUGAAUUAGACACUCAACUUGUACAACUAGUAAUAUGAUGUACUACUUACUUUUAUUGACAACUGAAGAUUUACUAAUCUUUUCCAUGAAGAUGCAUCAAAUUAAUUAGUUAAUAAUGUGAAUUACGGAUGCUCAAUAGAGUCAAAUGUCAAUAUUCUCAACCUCUCUUACCACCACUUGUGGUUUUAAAAACUAGCUAAUGAUAAUGAACCAAUUGAGAAACAAAUUAAAAAUUACUAAAAAGCAAUGUUCCUAGAUUUUCAGGGAAGAUCUUAUACGAUUACUAACUUCUUAUCAAUGUCUGCCAGAACUCCAUACAUCUGAAUUAUAAACUUAAUAAUUAUUUAGCCAGCUACCAAAAAGAAAAACAUGAUAAUUAUUUGGCAAUUGUUUUUUUCAAAUAUAUUUAGCAAUUUCGUAUUUCUAAGUUUUUAAAGCUAACCAAUAAGGAUUUCCAUUUGGCAAAAAAAAAAAAGAAGAAGGAAAAAGUCAGCUUCACAACACCUUUAGUUGGCCAUUUCGUACGUUUGGUCUUUAUCCCAGUUUCUUAGCAUGGUUUUUAAGGAAAAUAACUGAAUUAAUUAAAUCAGAACUAAUUAAAAAUUAGAUUACCGAUCCUUAAGUUAAGAUUUUUGUAACCGAUUUUAAAGUGGGUUUUGGAAACACGUGAGCAAAGCAUUGAUUCUAUUUUUUUUCUCUUUUCUCUCUUUUUUUAUUUUCUCUCGUCUCGGUCUCGUCUUCUCGUCUAGUCUCGUCUUCUCCGUCUUCUCGUCGAUGAAGCAAUCAACGAUGACAACUCCGUCGUUUCUCUCCACCCUACCACCAUGGAGAAGCUCCAGCUCUAGCUCGAUUUUUUCAAAAGAACUCAAGAGACGAAUAAACAAACGAAGACGACGAGCUCCUUCAAGCUUGAAUCGGCUUAAUCUCCAUCACACUCCGCUCUAUAAUGGAGCAAUCCGAUCAAGAUUCGGGUUCUAACUGUAACAAUUCGGCGUACCAAUCAGAUUUCUCCGUCCCGACGGUGGUUGUGGAGGUGAAGAUGGAAUCUGCUAGUGGAAGGGAGAUGAAACAGUCGCAUUACGUUCUCGGUUCGCAAGAUCAGAGAGAAGAAGACUUGCCUUCUCAGCCUCAGACGCCGCCGUUAGGUUCCGAGAAGCAGCCAUCAACGACGCAAGACGCCACGCCGCCACAUCCGGUUCAUCGGCUUGUCAAGAAUCUUUGAUUAGUUUCAUCGGUUUAAGGGAUGUCAAUUCUUAGUGGUCAAUGUGGUGUGGUGAUGAGAUGUCAAUGCCUAGUGACUUUGGUUGAUGUAAUCUUGUAUAGUUAUUGUGAAUGCUUUGCGUCAGGAUCGUAUUGCAAUGGCGAGCAGGAAUUUAUGGUUAACUAUGCGUUUGAAAGGAAUCUAUAACAUGUUCUGUUUUAUUUGCUUUACCAAUGGGACAGUAAUUUAUUUGUUACUUUCGGUUCUUGGUAGUUCUGGAUAAGCAUCUUAUUGUAUCUCUUUUCCUGUGCAGAGAGACAAAGGCUUGUGCUUGGAUUCCAUCACAAUGAGACAAAAGUCACGAGUGUUAUGUUUCACAAGAGUUAGACACACUAGGGGAAGAGUUAUACAAGGAUAGCACUUUGAUCAUGCAGCUUCUCCGUGACAAUCUCACUCUCUGGACAUCCGACAUGCAGGAUGAAUCUGCAGACAAGAUCAAGGAAGCAGCAGCAGGUCCGAAGCCAACAGAAGAGCAGAAAUGAAGAAUCUUGGUGUGAAAUGGUUCUGCUAGUGUUAGGGAAUGAAACCAUUUUCUUCGUCAAUAAUCAUAUUGUCUCUAAUCAAAGAGAUACAGUCUCUCUCUUUCUUCCAUGUUGAAACAUUAUUACUCUUAUAUCUCCUUUUGCGUUACCCUUUCGAA